AUGGAGAAAGCAGAAGGAAGAAACCGAACACCCAUUGCCGAAUUCAUCCUCUUAGGAUUCGGGAAUGGCCCUGAACUGCAGGCCCUUCUCUUCCUGCUGUUUCUAGCCAUCUACCUAGUGACCGUGAUCGGGAACCUCCUCAUCGUUGCUCUAGUGGUGGCUGAUCGUCAUCUUCACAUCCCCAUGUACUAUUUACUGGGCAACUUGUCUUCCUUGGAGACCUGCUACACCUCGGCCAUUCUGCCCCGACUGCUGGCCAGUCUCCUGUCUGGGGACAGAACCAUUUCUUUUAAAGGCUGCAUCAUGCAGUUGUAUUUCUUCGGUGUCAUGUCAGCUACAGAAUGUCUGCUGCUCACCUCCAUGUCCUACGACCGGUAUCUAGCGAUCUGCCAGCCCCUCCGCUACGCUGCGCUGAUGAACGGCCGCGUGUGUGGCCAGCUGGUGGCCGGGUCCUGGAUGAGUAGCUGUCUGGGCUGUGCCAUUGUACAUAUUUUCUUGUUCCAAUUAACGUUCUGCGAUUCCAAGGAAAUCGACCAUUUCUUCUGUGACUUUUCCCCCGUGAUAAAUCUGUCCUGUGACGACACACGGAUUCUGCAACUGGUGACAUUUGUUAUCUCUGCCAUAGGGACGCUUGUGCCCUGUCUCCUGACCCUGGCGUCCUACGUGUGUAUCAUCACCACCAUCCUGAGGAUCCCGUCCAGCUCUGGGAGGAAAAAGGCCUUUUCCACCUGCUCCUCCCACCUCAUUGUGGUGACUGUUUUCUACGGAACCCUUACUACGAUCUAUGUGGUUCCAACAACCAACAGCCCCAAGCUGCUAAACAAACUAUUCUCCGUCUUCUACACAGUCCUGGUGCCCAUGAUCAACCCUGUUAUCUACAGCCUGAGAAACAAGGAGGUCAAUGAGUCUCUGAGAAAAGCUUUUCUUAAACUGGCUGCUUUCACACACAGGGACAGAAUAUGA